GGACAGGUGAGACGCGGCAGGUGAGAAUGACGGCAGGUGAGAUAAAUGUAGGCUGCAGGUGAGCCUGUAACCCAACCGCACCCCUCCGUGAAAGGCCUGAAUGGCCGCUUAUAUUGCUACCUAAAAUCAGCCCAGCACAAUAGUGUCGCGUUACUGAGUCCACAGCGCGGCCCGUGGCUGCCUGGUUACAGCUGACCUGAGGUGCUGAUACUGUAAACUGUGCCCGCAGCGCCCACCCAGCUAUUCCUAACGGGAGCUCACACAGGGCCUACAGCAGAUGUUGACGGUAAACUUGGCGUCCUUACCCUAGCGGGCCCAGAGGCCGCCUGGCCAGCCCGAUGUUUGUUGCCUUCAGUCCGGAGCCGAGCCGCGCGGUGGACGACAUGACUCUGUACGGGCAGAGACGGAGAGCGCUGCCGCGGAACUUCUCCCCCGUCCCGCUGCUCAACCCGAACCCGCCCGGCUGGGUUCACCCCAAACCCUUCCCGGCCCGCAGUCUGGACCUGGGGCCGCACCAGGGGUACCGGUACGGCGCCGUACGGGACCCGGCAGACCCCCGGCACCUGCACGGCGCCGUACGGGAGGGCAUCUCGCACCACUGGAGCAUCCCGAACGUGGGCCGGCGCGCCCUGCACCCCCCGCCCGCCCGGCUGUACCUGCGCGCCGGCAGACAGGCAACCGUCAGCAGGGGCAGGCAGCAGGUCUCCAGCUUCGUGGCCAGGAAACCGGUGCACUCCGCUCGCCUGGACAGGAGGAUGACUGCAGCAGACCAGGCGGCAGGGCGGCCCGCUCCGGACGCUUCCAUCGCCAUCCCCACGUGACGUCAUCCACACAUGACACGUCAUCGCCAUCCACACGUGACGUCAUCUUCACAUGACACGUCAUCGCCACAUGACGUCAUCGCCAUCCCCACGUGACGUCAUCCCCACUACACACGUCAUCGCCAUCCCCACAUGUGAAUUCUUCACACACUGAAAGUGUCAUUUUAUUUUGUCAUACUCAUAGAGACGGUUAUGUUUUACGAACGAAAUAUGUUACUCUGUAUAGAGACAGUAACUUUUCUACGGAAAAUGCUUAUGUUCAUAUCGAUGCAAAGUUGUAACUAAUAGAUACUGGGGAUGUUUGUAAAUAAUAUACAUACUAGAGAGACUUGUAACUUGUACAUAUGAGGGGGCUUUGUAGCGUGUAGAU